GUCACGCAGUAAAGUAAAGAAGGAAUGAGGCAAGCAGACAGCCAGCAGUCAACUCCUAAGCGGCAGGGAACAUUGCAUUUUAAAUUAAUCUGCGCUCGGCAGUCUUCGCUCAGCCGGAGUUGGGAUCGGGUUAACUUUGGUUGGUACUCCGUGGCUCGUCGCGUGGUGCGUCGUCGCGGUUGUUUUUAUCAACGUCGUCUUCGUUGCGCGCGUGUUGCUUACGGAUUUGCCGCGUGUUGCGCGUGAGCUCGUUUUAGUUUUGUUUUGUCGCGUCCGGCCGGACAGUCAGCGCCGUCGCCGUUGUAAAAGACGGCGUGUGUUCAUGAUUUUCUUUGAAUCGAAUAAACAGGCUUUGGGUGGGAAGGAUAUGUGGUGUGGAUGGUGCGCGGUCGAGGUGCACUGCCAGUGGAGUAAUUAAGAUACAUACUGAUAUGCUUAUGCCAGAUGUGUAUAGAAGAUACGAUAGCAUGGGGAGUGUUUCGGAUCGUGUCAAUCGAUGAUCUAAAGGAUAUGCAAUGUGCAGAGUAGGGUGAAAGCGAAACGCAAGGGUUCCAUUCCACUAUUCAUCAUGCCUACUCAACGGUCAUCAGUGAAAAUCGAUUAGGUGCAAAACAUGACGUGUGCGUGACUCGAGAAUUAUUGUCGGUAAAAGUGCUUGCACUUUUGUUCAGUGUUUAGCGAGGGAGAUGCAUGAUGAACAUUUUUUGUUGUGAUUGAUGAUUGUUACGGAUACAUUUAAUAACCUGUAAUAUAGUGAUGCAUAAUGAUUUGAAAUUCACAACGAGCAUUAACUCACUGCGAUAAUCCAUUACGGUUGCACUUCGUAAGCAUCGAUUAUCGGACUGUGAACAAAAACUGGAUCUGGUUUUUGAGUGUGAAAUAAACCAGCGAAAAACCUCCAUCGUAAGCCCACAAGACAGCGAGGACAUCAAUUAACAACAAUCGGGGCAGUUGCACGCAGCAUAUGCGCUCUGAUGCGAGAAAUAAUGCUUAUCGGCUAUCCCAUGCAAAAAGUGACUGCACAGAAUAACACAAACCGCACGAAGAAGAAACAAAGCACGAGUGUUGACCACGAUUGUAAAUUUAGUAUCGGCUUGCAUGGCCCUAUGUGUGUGAAUGAUAUCCGCCCCGACAAUCCGCAACCGGCGAUGCGACGGGACCGCUUGAAUGGAUGUUGGUAUCACGUGUGUCAUUAAGGAACGCCACCACCAGCCAGUAGGGCCGUCAGAAGCAAGGCUCAAGCUUUUUAUGCUUAUCGAUUUAUGCGAUUUUAAUGAAGUCACCCCCAGGGCGUGAUCGGGUUGGUGCGGUUAUCAUCAAUGGACGGGAGGAACGGGCGGGCGUGCGUAUCGGGGAAGUUCUGUUUAAUUGUUUUUAUUGUGUGCUGCAUAUAUCGUUGACAACACGCUCUACUUGUUUAAUUCGGCGUGAAUCGGAGUUUGCAGUUUUAUGGUUUCGUCGAACAGUGGUGUGCCCAAAGCCGUUUGAAUUCUACAUACAUAGUUGCGCCUAAUUUAUGAUAUCGAUGAACGAGAAUAGUUUUUUUUAUUGUUAAAAGUGAUCAAGCAGACCAUCAAAUUUAAUGCUCUAAACCAGAAACUUGGACUGAGAUUAAAGUUACCCUUUUGUAAGUGCCGAGAAAUGUGAGAGAACAUCAAAGUAAGAAGAAAAAAAGUGCAAUUAAAAUUGUGCAGUUUCACAUAAUUAAUAAUUUCCACCGAGCAAGGAACCAACCGCUCCACAGAAAAGGGAAUUAUUGUUGAACUGCUUUUUAUGCCGUUGGCUGGUGAAUGACGGAAAAUUUGGCACCGACCCGUGAAUGUGCGAAAAUUGGCGCCUCUGGCAACGCAACGGCAACAGCAACAGCAGCAGCGGCGGUAGCAGCUAGUGCGGAAAAGACCGAUGUCGUGUGAAAAGUGCGAAGGCUGACUUGGUGAGAACUGCCCAAUUUGUGGAUUAAAUCGACACUAAAUUCGUGCGCGAGCUAGAGAGUCAAUGACGCGUCACAAGCAACAUCGCUUGAAUGAAGCCACUCGUUUAAAAACCAUUCUACCGCAUGGAAAACUUGACCAGUAAUGGACCGCAAGAAUGGAACAAAGAUUCUGCAACCACAGUCGCCACCACUACAACCAGUGCCGCUACCACAGUCGAUGGCCAAAGGAUCCAGAUCAGCGGCAGCAGCAGCAGCAGCAACAACAACGCGUCGCAAACUGGCCGUCAAAACAAACACCCCCUCCGGCCAACAGCAACCAUCUUCGGGCGAGCCACACCCACAAGCAGCAAGAUUGGACAGAGUCAUUGAAGGCUGCAACAGCACCAACAACAACGGCUGCGGCACGUCGAAGAUGGAAAACGCGAUGCAGCCUACAUUCGCUUCCGUUCACCGUCCUCGACAGAUAAGCACAAUGGCAGCCAUCAAACGGACAGGUUCCGGCUCUGGCAGGGCGGAUCUUGUGCUACUGCGGCAAAAAUAUGCCGGAACAGAAGUUCACUUUCGUCAGGAAUCAUCCUUGGCCCUCAUGACAGGAACUAGAAGGCCUGAUUCAAUGAAUGAAAACAAUGCCGGAAUAUUUAAUCAACCUAUUCAACUACCGCUGCCCGUUCAAAUACCCGAUCCGUAUGCUAAUUCAGUUCCACUCCAUGGGCAGGCUCCCAUGCAGAGGCUUCCCAGUCAAUUGCAAACCCAACCGCCACUACAGUUCGAUAUGGCACUAUCACAAAAGGCUGAUUAUCUACAGCGACAGCAGCAGUUUCAAAUCCAGCAAACGAACAGCGUAAAGCAUGGUGGCGUAAAUCAAAAACACUUGCCAACCGUGUCCCAUCAGACAGGCUCGGCAAUGGUUGUGACCCGACUGCCAAAACAGCACCCGAACUACAAAAUGGCACCCAAAUCGUUGAACGACAUUUACGAGAAGCACUUGUUGAGUCAAACACAGUUCGACGGUGGUGGUUCCGGACCAUCAUCGAACAACCCCGUACUUAUUCAACCGCCGAAAGAGACCACCAUCCAUCGGAUGAAAUCAUCGCUGUCGAUGGUAGCGCCGACCGCCAGCGGCCACCAGGCGCCAUCCAAUCAGACCAAUAAAUUGUCCAAAGACCACGGUCCGGUUAAUUUAUACGAAUCGAUUCGAGGCAAUUAUCAUAUCUAUGAAAAAAUUGAUCCAACCAGUGUGACGGCGGCAAAACGCAGCUCCCGAGUGGAGCAGUAUGUGCGACCUCCGCCUCCACUGCAGCCGCGACCAAAGUCACUUCCGGUUGGAGCCAGCGCUGGUGCUGCGGCCAAUCUGUUGUCUGCUAGUCAAGUGACCCAACGUGUUCCGCCGAGGCCGUCCUCUGACAUUCCGUACAAACUCACCAGUCCGGAUGUUCUGCGGGCUAUGAAGAGCCCUAUCGGAGCGGGUCUUUCGCCGAUUUCGGAAAAACCAGCCACUGCGUUCUCCGCCAUUCCGGUCUAUGGCGGUGCGGGCACCGCACCGGGUGGUGGCGGGAAUGCACAUAAAUCAGUCAUUACGGCGGACAAGAUCAACAUUGCCCUGGAGACGGCGAAAGCGCUCGCAACGGCAGCGUACAUCGAGAGAGCUGCGCAACGCUUAGCUUCGGGCAGUGCGAUCCACCACCAUCAAGCCUCCUCGUUGGCAUCGUCCCUGCCACAGAGCCUUCAGCAGCAGACGGCCAAAAUGAGUGCACUCGGAGGCGGUGAAAUCGGUGGCUUCUGCGGUGCAAUUCAGCGGACACCGCCGCCGGUGCCGGCAGGAUUGGCUCGACGGAUGGCCAACCGAGAAAUCGUUGGACUCGGCAAGGUCAAAGUGAUGCUCCGUGUUUCCGAUGACCCGCCAUCGAAAACGGCAUCCGGUGGUGAAGAGCCUCAGCAGCAGCAGCCCAGCGGAAGCAACAACUACCUGACGGUGGACAAGAAGAAACGCCAGGUGACGCUGUGUGAAACGCAAACCAACUUAGCCUGCGGCGUCGGUGGCACCCAGGAACGAGGACCCAUGGUGUCGGCACCGAAAAUGUUUGCAUUCGAUGCAUUAUUUACGACCGAGGACUCGCAGCAAGACAUAUGUGGGAGUGCGCUGUCGGAAGUGAUACCAGCGGUUCUGGAGGGGUCGGACGGUUGUUUACUAUCGUUGGGUUAUCCAGGAGCAGGGCAAUCACGCACCAUGUUCGGGACGCUCGCCUCGCCCCCGUCGGACCUUGGUGCCAUCCCGUGUGCCAUCUCGUGGCUCUACAAAGGAAUUAAUGAGAAACGUCAGAAAUCUGGCGCGAGAUUCUCGGUCCGUGUCAGUGCCCUAGGCGUGAACGCGACCAAACCAGGCUCAUCGUCCAGGGAUUUACUCGCCGGCCACGCGACAGAAUCGGACGACUCACCGGGAAUGUAUCUACGGGAUGACUUUCUCGGGCGGCCAACGGAACUACGUGCCCCGACGGCUGAACGUGCUGCCCUCUUCCUCGAUCUGGCACUGUCCGGUCGGGCGCAAGGCAGCAGUAAUUUCGAACCGGCACUAAUUUAUACGCUGCACGUCUACCAGUACAGUUUGUCUGGCAAACGGGGAGUUGAAGGUGGCCGAAGUCGAUUGCACUUAAUCGAUCUCGGAGGCUGUGCCAACCGGAGUGGGGGUCUUCCACUGUCUGGAAUUGGGAAUGUAUUGCUCGCGAUUCUCAGUGGACAGAAGCAUCCGCCCAACAGAGACCACCCGUUGACGCCACUUCUGCGGGAUUGCUUGGCGCCAUUAACUUGUCACGUGGCAAUUCUGGCCCACGUGGCACAUUCUCAGUCACAUACCGACACUUUGACUACGAUUCAACUGGCCUCGCGUAUUCAUCGGCUUCGUCGACGAAAACCUCGUCAUCAUUUGUUUGCCGGUAGAGCGGCAGAUCUUGCGGGUUCGUCGGGACAUCAAUCAGGUGGUUCCUCAGAAGGCCCUGAUCCAUCCAGUUCCGAUUUUUCCCAAGAUACCGUGAUCUACGUGGGUCCAUGCGAUGACGCUACCGACGGUGAACAUCCACCGGUCUACCUCCCAAGUCUUAAUUCCGGGGACAAUCGCUGCGCCAUGAACAAAGUCCUAAAAGGUUCAGCGGCGGAAAAACCCACCUCAACCCCAACAGCCUCACCACAGAAAAAGAAAAUUACUUCCACAUCCAAGCCUCAAAAUCCUGCCCCAGCACCGAUCCCAACUCGUACCGAUAGUCUUAAGAGAAAUCAAUCAUACAGCCAACAAACCACUGCAGCUGGACCAGAACUGGUGGCAAGUGCCAUCCAGAUCGCCUCGCAGCAUGCAUCCCCAAAAAUUGUUGCAGGAGCAUUCAAGCACGUGACCGGCGUGAACAGGGGCUCCAACAUCCCAACACCCAAGGGUUCGCCAAUGAGGCGGCCAAACCCUGCUGUGACUCCAGCAACCAGUUCCACGACUCGGGAAAGUCCCUCUUUACAACUUGCGGAAGAGAAAUGGAUCGACGGACCUCGGGUAUCGAAAUCCAAAGUUCAUGAAGCUCGUCACCUAUUGCGAGAAAUCAAUCACGUUAAAAGCCAUGAAACCUGGAUCGAUGGUCCGAAAACUGCCAACGCUAGCCAGGCCUUCCUUCCUCCAGCGGCACACAGCAACCAAGGAUAUGGUUUCAUGGACAACCACAAGAAAUCCAUGAUCCGACAAUGGGUCGAGAAUCAAUCGAUGCAACUACUGCAACAAUCCGUCUCUGCCAAUAACUCCCCAGUGCACAGUAGACACCACAGCUACAAUCCACCACGUUUCAAACCUAGCAAAUCGGAUGAAGAAGGAUUUGUCCUGGAGCUCGAACGUCAGGAAGAACUGGUGAACCCUAUCGCUUUUCGAGGGUUCACAGCAACCAGUGGUGGCGUCAACAGCUCCGAAUGCCACGUGCGAACAGGUCUGAAACAAGCCUACAGCUUAGAUAAUUCAGAUAUCCAGCAAAACACCAGCAUACCGGUGUAUGCUACUGUUACUGCGGCUACAAAGGCCACUACAGCGAAUGCUUCCAGUACCACCGUCCCCUGCCCCAAUCCAGCCACCGCAACGACCAUAAUCGACAAUCAAUCGGAGAAAUCGCAUCCACCUUCAUCACAUGCCAGCGAAAAACCCGUAAGUAAGCACGGCGACAGCCAGGAAGAAGAAGAUCAGGACAGUGGUCCAUCGGAAGUCCCUCCAGCACUGCCAUUGAUGAACCCGUUGGGAUCACGUGAAAUUUCCCACGAAAGCAUUCAUCGUUUAUGUUCGCGGCAUGUAUCGCGCGACAACAUGAGUGUCCAUAGUCAGCACAGUCAGAACGCUGGCAUGAUGGACUGCGGACUGCAGGUUACCGAAGAUGACAUCGCCAGAACCAUGGGAGCGGAGCAUCCGUUGAGUGCACUGAGUCAUGGAGACGUUUCCGUUGUAUCGAGCUUCAAUGUCGCUGGAGAUGCUUUCAGUGAUUGUGUCAUUGGCGAUAGUAUGCGGAACCAAUUCGAUCAACUCGCCCGGUUACGAGAGAUCUUUACCUCUCAGCUGGCGAUGGCUGAAGUGACUCCAACCUUCCGUCUAGGUGACACCGGUAGCGUCUACAGUGAACCUGCCUACCGGUUCAACACUGGCGCUGCCAGUGUUUGCAGUGAGCCUGCGUAUCGUGCACCCAGUCCGCGCUGUCGUGAUUGUCGGCAAUCGCUGUCUCUGUCCAGAACUCCCAGCCAAUGCUCGUUGCCCAGUUUGACUGGGAUCGUUGCGAUAGCUGGAAUGGAACAGUACGCAUCCCUUCGACAUCCUGAUGGUGCAUCGGACCCAAAUCUGCCAAAAUUAGGAGAAAACAUCGAAGAACCCCCCGACCCCGAAGAGCAUAUUCGAGAAAACCCCCUCGCAGAGCUUGACGAACAGGAGGCUCUCAAGAGCAGUACACCACUCCUGCCGCAACAAACGCUUCCUACACUUCCGCUCCUACCCUUGUCUACCCCGGAAGCGUACGACAGUGGCCACGACUCGACUCCCCGCACAUCUAAACAUUCCGGCAUUUCUCGGCGGGCGGAAAGUGGCUACCACAGCGUAGGAACUGUUCGCGACAGCGACGAAAGCAGCUUCGGGUCGGCUGCCUCCCGUGCCAAUCAGAAAUCCAAAAAACGAAAUCGCCACGACAAGUCCCUCUGCCACUGGUUGAGGAACCCAUUCAACUGCACCUACCCGGACACGGAGGGCGACGUAAGCGACUUCUAGGGGUUGCCGACGGACGAGGUGAACGAUUGUAGCUAAGUAGCUUAAUUCGGUUAUGUGUAGCAUCUUUGAGUUUACGCGUUGUCUGUUGAGAAAUAAGAAAAGUUUGUGCUUGGUGGCCCGCUCGGGAAAGGGAUUAAUGUUUGCAAGACAAUAAACGAAAUCGCAGCUUUUUCCAUUUUUUCGCGAUCGCACCCCUCUGUCCGGAUGAACAGUUUUUGAUGAACCAUCGAUAAAAGACUAAAACCCAUUUUUAAUCGUAAGCUGCUGUGUGAGAGAAGAAGAAAAAACUGAAUCGAGUGAUGUUGUUUAUGUUUCGGAAGGAAAUCAGUGGUGCAUUUCGGGACUAAGAAGCUAUUUGUACAGUAAACAAUUUUAUAGACUAUAUAUUAUACUAAUAUUAUGGUAUAGGGAUAGAAUUAUACACAACCGAUAGAGAACUAUAAA